AGCCUCCUGCUCACCCCCCUCCGUCGGGGACAUCGCUGUCUCCAAGUCGUAUCAAUGACCCUUCGAGUCCUCACCGGAGUAUGUCCGCCAAACCCCCACUUCCCGUUCCUCCGAGAUCUUCCCUCUACCCCGGCCAUGCUCCAUCUCUUCGGGAACCGGAGCCUUCCUUCAGCCAUGACACGGCCUCUCUGUCCAGCUUCAGGUCCAAGGCCCCGGCUCCGGACACUCUCAGCUACCUGGACUCUGUCAGCCUGAUGUCCGGCACGCUGGAAUCGCUCACCCACCUCGAUGAUGCCAGCUCUCUGGGCUCAGACUCUGAGAUUAACGGCAUGCCGUACCGCAGAACCGACAAGUACGGGUUCCUGGGAGGAAACCAGUUCAGCGGCAACGGGGACGGGGCCAUUCCUGUGGAGAUCGCUCGGCAGAGGGAGCUGAAGUGGUUGGACAUGUUCAAUAAUUGGGACAAGUGGCUGACCCGGCGCUUUCAGAAGGUGAAGCUGCGAUGUAGGAAAGGGAUCCCCUCCUCCCUGCGUGCCCGGGCGUGGCAAUACCUCUGCAACAGUCAGGAGCUCCUGAACAAGAACCCCGGGACAUUCGAGGUACUACCUGUGUGUCUCACAUCCUCCAUGGACGGGGCCAUUCCUGUGGAGAUCGCUCGGCAGAGGGAGCUGAAGUGGUUGGACAUGUUCAAUAAUUGGGACAAGUGGCUGACCCGGCGCUUUCAGAAGGUGAAGCUGCGAUGUAGGAAAGGGAUCCCCUCCUCCCUGCGUGCCCGGGCGUGGCAAUACCUCUGCAACAGUCAGGAGCUCCUGAACAAGAACCCCGGGACAUUCGAGGUACUACCUGUGUGUCUCACAUCCUCCAUGUACACCCAGCAGCCAUAA